GUUCAGCAAAGUUGAAGCCAGAAGAUAUGAUAGUAGUGGCUGGGACGCCCAUAAGGAUGAAAAGAACCAGCACAACACAGGUGAUGAAAGUAAAAAAGUUAACGUCUCACAGCCAAUAUGCAAAUUUUGGAAACGACAUCGGGAUUGUGGUUUUGCAGAAAGCACUGCAUUUGGAUGAGGCAGUGGCCACCAUUGAACUGGCCAAAGAGGCAGCGCAGACGGGACAGAAAUGCACUGCAAUUGGCUGGGGCUCUAUCUUACAGUACGGACCAAUUCCCAAUGAAAUUGUCAAUGUUAAUCUGGUAAUCAUGUCCAAUGACGCCUGCUCGGCCUAUGACACUACCUUUAUAAAGGGAAUGCUCUGCGUCUCCCAUCCCAAUAUCGAUGAUGCCGACAGUUGCGAGGGCGACUCCGGGGGUCCGCUGAUCUGCGAUGGAAGAGUUUACGGCAUUGUCUCGUUUGGCUCCGGAUGCGGUGAGCCACAUUUCCCCGGAAUCUACACGGACGUCUACAUGUUCUUGGAAUGGAUUGAGAAAAAUUUGAGUCCUCCAAACACAGUUCCAAUACCUGUUCUUAUACAAGGACUAGUCUUAUUAUUGGUAUUUUUUAACCUUUACAUACUUAACUCGCGUUAA